AUGCCGGUCAUGAAGGGGUUGCUGGCCCCGCAAAACACCUUUCUGGAUACCAUCGCCACCCGCUUCGACGGCACGCACAGCAAUUUCUUACUGGCCAACGCACAGGGUCCACGGGGCUUUCCUAUCGUCUACUGCUCUGACGGCUUCUGUGAACUCACAGGCUACGGCCGCACCGAGGUCAUGCAGAAAACCUGUAGCUGCCGUUUCCUCUAUGGCCCAGAGACAAGUGAGCCAGCCUUGCAGCAGCUGCACAAGGCCCUGGAGGGCCACCAGGAGCACCGAGCUGAAAUCUGCUUCUAUCGCAAGGAUGGUUCAGCCUUUUGGUGCCUCCUGGACAUGAUGCCCAUCAAGAAUGAGAUGGGGGAGGUUGUGCUGUUCCUCUUUUCCUUCAAGGACAUCACUCAGAGUGGGGGCCCAGGACUUGGCCCCCCAGGAGGCCGUGGGGACAGUAAUCAUGAAAACUCCCUUGGCAGGAGGAAAGCCAGCUCGAAACGUCGGUCCGCCAGGAGGCAGAACCGAACCGUCCUACACCGACUGACUGGCCACUUUGGACGCCGGGGCCAGGGAGGCAUGAAGACCAAUAAUAACAUGUUUGAGCCAAAGUCAUCAGUGCCCGAGUACAAGGUGGCCUCCGUGGGGGGGUCCCGCUGCCUCCUCCUCCACUACAGCGUCCCCAAAGCCAUCUGGGACGGCCUCAUCCUCCUCGCCACUUUCUACGUUGCGGUCACUGUCCCCUACAAUGUCUGCUUCUCGGGCGAUGACGACACCCCCAUCACCUCCCGUCACACUCUUGUCAGCGACAUCGCCGUGGAGAUGCUCUUCAUCCUAGAUAUCAUCCUGAACUUCCGCACCACCUAUGUGUCCCAGUCCGGCCAGGUGAUCUCUGCUCCUCGCUCCAUUGGCCUCCACUACCUGGCCACCUGGUUCUUCGUGGACCUUAUUGCUGCUCUGCCCUUUGACCUGCUUUAUGUCUUCAAUAUCACUGUGACAUCACUGGUGCACCUGCUGAAGACAGUGCGGCUGCUGCGGCUGCUGCGGCUGCUGCAGAAGCUGGAGCGCUACUCACAGUGCAGUGCUGUGGUGCUCACGCUGCUCAUGUCUGUGUUCGCGCUCCUUGCCCACUGGAUGGCCUGCAUCUGGUAUGUCAUUGGGCGCCGGGAGAUGGAGGCCAACGACCCACUGCUCUGGGACAUCGGCUGGCUGCACGAGCUGGGCAAGCGGCUGGAGGUGCCCUACGUCAACGGUUCGGUGGGCGGCCCUUCACGGCGCAGCGCCUACAUUGCUGCGCUCUACUUCACUCUGAGCAGCCUCACUAGCGUGGGCUUCGGCAACGUAUGCGCCAACACCGACGCGGAGAAGAUCUUCUCCAUCUGCGCCAUGCUCAUAGGCGCGCUGAUGCACGCCGUGGUGUUCGGGAACGUGACGGCCAUCAUCCAGCGCAUGUACUCCCGCCGCUCGCUCUACCACACCCGCGUGAAGGACCUCAAGGACUUCAUCCGCGUGCACCGCCUGCCGAGGCCACUCAAACAGCGCAUGCUCGAGUACUUCCAGACCACGUGGGCAGUCAACAGUGGCAUCGAUGCCAAUGAGUUACUGCGUGACUUCCCAGACGAGCUGAGAGCUGACAUUGCUAUGCACCUGAAUCGGGAGAUCCUGCAGCUACCGCUGUUUGGAGCAGCAAGCAGGGGCUGCCUGCGGGCCCUCUCCCUGCACAUCAAGACCUCCUUCUGCGCUCCGGGCGAGUACCUGUUGCGCCGUGGAGAUGCCCUGCAGGCACACUACUAUGUCUGCUCUGGCUCACUUGAGGUGCUCCGUGACAACAUGGUGCUGGCAAUCCUGGGGAAGGGGGACCUGAUUGGGGCAGAUAUCCCUGAGCCGGGGCAGGAGCCUGGGUCAGGGGCAGGCCCGAGCUGCGUGCUGAAGACCAGCGCUGAUGUGAAGGCACUGACCUACUGUGGCCUGCAGCAGCUGAGCGGCCGAGGGCUGGCUGAGGUCCUGAGGCUCUACCCUGAGUAUGGGACUGCCUUCCGGGCUGGCCUGCCCCGGGACCUCACCUUCAACCUGCGCCAGGGCUCUGACACCAAUGGCCUCAGCCGCUUUGCCCGGUCCCCUCGUCUCUCCCAGCCCCACUCUGAAAGGCUCAGCUCCUCCUCAGACAAGACCCUGCCGUCCAUCACAGAGGCCGAGGGUGGGGCAGAGACUGGGGGUGGUCUCAGGCCCCACCGGCCCCUCCUGCUGCCCAACCUUAGCCCAGCACGGCCUCGGGGCUCCCUGGUCAGCCUUUUGGGCGAGGAGCUACCCCCGUUCUCAGCCCUUGUCUCCUCUCCUUCCUUAUCCCCAUCCCCUUCCCCUGCCCUGGCUGGCCAGGGCCACAGCCCCUCACCUCACGGGCCCCCCAGAGGCUCUGCUGCCUGGAAGCCCCCCCAGCUGCUCAUUCCCCCACUGGGAACUUUUGGACCUCCAGACCUCAGUCCCCGGAUAGUGGAUGGCAUUGAGGACUCUGGCAGCACAGCUGAGGCCCCUAACUUCCGGUUCAGCAGGAAGCCUGAGGCCCCAAGGCCCCACUCACAGGCCCCUACUACAGGGACCAGGCCCAGCCAGGGACUGGCCACUGAGGCCGAGGAAGUGAAGGAGAAGGUCGGCAGGCUGAACCAGGAGAUCUCCCGUCUCAACCAGGAAGUGUCUCAGCUUAGCCGGGAGCUUCGGCACAUGAUGAGCCUGCUGCAAGCCAGGCUGGGUCCCCCAGUCCCCCUGACAGCCUCAGCUUGGCCCUCAGAGCCCCUAGACCCUCCUUGCCCCCAGCUGAGGCCUCCAUGUAUCUCUCCCUGUCUGUCUGGACCACCGCCUAACCUCCAGGACACUACGCUCGCUGAGGUCCACCGCCCGGCUAGUAUGGGGACAACAGAGAUGGGUGUUGCCACCCCAGACUCUAGGUCCCCCAUGCUGUCCCCCUACCCCUCACAGCCUGACCCUCUAGGGCCCUCCCUGGUGCCAGAGGCCUCACCCCCAACCCCAGGCCUCAUGAGGCACAGCUUCCGGUCCAGAUCAGACACUUUCCACUGA